AUGUCUCGCGGUCCCGCCCUCAAAACCCUCUCCACAGUCCUCCGGUCCCUCCAAUUCGCCGGUGCCACCAUCAUCCUCGCCAUCUACUCUUACACCCUCGGCGCCCUCGCGAACCAUGGCCUCUCCACGCCCACCUUCGUCCGCGCCGUCGAGGGCAUCGCCGGUAUCACCAUCGCCUACGCCAUCAUCUGCAUGGUAGUUACGCGCUUCUUCGCCGGCCGCACGCUGCCCUCCUUUAUCAACAUGAUCUUCGAUACCGCCUUCGGAGCUACUUACAUCUAUGUCGCCACGGCCAAUCGUGGGGGUGCGGGUUCUUGCUCUGGUGAGGUCGAUACGGCGUUUGGAAAGGGGAAGUCGGGGGAUAAGGUUAAUGAUGGGGGGCAUGGGGGAUUCAUGGCGUUGCCUAAGUUUGGGGAUGCGUGUAGGUUGCUAACGGCCUGUCUUGCCAUCUCCAUCGUCAUGAUCUUCCUCUUCAUCGGCUCCAUUGUUGCCUCCCUCUACCUCGGCCGCAACCACCACCGCGAAAAACGCCAAACCCUCUCCCAAGAACCCCUCAACGACACCACCUACCCGGGUCCCGGUGCAGACUCCUCCAACCCCGACGACCCCUUCGCCCAACCCCCGGCCAAGAAAUCGUGGUUCCGCAGCCUCUUCUCGCGCAAGCCGAAACCCCAACCCCUCGUCGACUCCGAAAACGUCCUCCCGCAGCACACGCAGCCGGACCAGUUAUCCGACCGCCAGAGCUUUCUCGAGAACGAUCACCAUGGUCGACCGGACGAUUAUAUCCGCGUUGGAGAAGGGGGAGGACGCCGGCCUACGCCCACGCCGUCACCUAAUGGAUACACAAUGGUGCAAGUCCCGCCUCAGCACCAGCAGCAGCAAUAUUUUGGUGCCGAGUCGGAUCUUGGGCUAGGGGGUGGUAGGCCGCAGGGAUACCAGCGAAUCCCUCUCAAUAAUAACAACAACUCUCCUUACGAAACAACACAUCCCUACGACGACGUCUCGCCGAUAGAGAACACCCGACCACCGCCUUUCGCGAGUCCCCAACAACAUCAACGCCCUUACUACUCGGACACGGCAUCGCCGUACAGCCCCACCUCACCAACCUCACCCAUCUACCCCGACCCCCGCUAUCGUCCCUCCCUCCCCCACCUCGCGGCGGGGACGUACCAUCCACCCUCCAGCACCAUAGGACACACGUCUUCUUCUUCGGCCCUGGGCGAGAUCCGCCACUCUUCUUCCCAGCAAGGAAACGAUGCGUAUUUCCCCGCGGGGCCCUACGACAAUUUGAGGCCUGUGUCGCGGGAUGAUAGGACGGCGAGCCAGGUGCGUUUGGGCGGUGGGAAUGCGAAUGGGACCGGGAAUGGUGGGAGGAGGAGGCCGGAGGGGUAUACGUAUGAUGAUGGGGUGUAUGAUGUUGCUUGA